AUGGGUGGAUCUCAACCUCAACCUCAACCUCACAUACUUCAAGUUAAAGCAAGGCUUUAUUCAACAAAAGAAGUGUACUGCAAGCAUGUUGUCCACAAACAUAAUCACGGGUCAAGCUUAGGAGCGGAGGCAGCCGAUAAAUGCCUCGAAUGA